AUGGAUUAAAGUACAACUAGUAUGAAUAGUUUUACGACAACUGAUAGAGAAAUAGAAAACAACUUAAAAGAUCUACUUGAGAGGAUUUUAGUUUAUGUAGAAAAAUAUAUUGAGACAAAAGAAGAGAUAAAUUAAAUAGAAUCAGAACUGAAAGAUUAUGAAAGUUUAUCAUAUUUAGUUGGAAUCAUUAAGGUGAUUUUUACUAAAUUGAUGUUAAAGGUUGAUAAGAAAAUUUCGUAAGUAAAAUAUAUUUAUACUAUCAAAAGGAAAUUAGAAAAAUAUAAUGAUCCUGCAUAAACUAGAUUUUCAAAAGAUGAUGACGAAUAUGAAAAAUUAGAAUAAACUUUAAUUAAAUAUGAAUAAGAAAUUCGAAAACAUAUAAGUGUAUAUUAUUCAUUGAUAUAACUAGAUUGAAUAAUAAUUAAAACUUUAUGCUGAAUCUAUACAAACGAAAUUAGAUGAAAGUGAAGAAAUUCGUUAAGAAUUGCUUGAAACAACUAAAAUUAACAUUAGUGUACAUAAAUCUAAUUAAACUAUUAGAAAUUAAAAAGAGAAAAUCAAGAGUUAAAUGAAAGAGAGUAAUUAUUACAAUAGGAAAUAAUAUAGUUAAAACUAACAAUUAAUUAACUAGAGAAAGAAAGUAAAAGAAAAUCUAUUGAAAUCAAUUAAAGAGAAUACUUAUAGAAUUUAAUUCAAAAAUAAGCAAGUUCAUCUUCAAAUCAUCAAUAAAAAUGUGGAAAUCAGAGACUAUUUUUAGAGUAAAGAUAAUAAAAUUCCUAUUCUGAACAUAAAUAAAGUUUAAAUCCAAUAAUGAAAGAAUAAUUAGAAUUGAGUGAUGUAGCUAUUCCAACUUAGUCAUCAUAAAAAAUAAACUAUUAUAGUAUUUUAGGAAAUGCAAAUAAACAAAAAAAGUCUGAGAUGAUAAAAUCCCUUCAAUAGAGAGAUUUUAAUAAAAUAUAUGGAUAGAUAAUGAGAAGCAAACAUAAUUCUUUGUCAUCAAUUAAUGAUAUCAUGUAAAGUAUAUCUUAACAUGAAAGAAAGAAAAUAGAAAAAGUUUAUUCAGUUUCUAAGAAUAGUUCUUAAAAUAAUAGUGUAAUUUAAAGACCAAAAGGUAAUUAUAUUAUAAAUAUUUAUACAGAUUAUAGUGAUUAUUAAUAAAGAAGCAGAAGCUCAAAAAGAGCUGAAGAUACAAUAAAGUAAAAAACUUUAGAUUCUUUUAUAAAAUUGAAAUGA